GACGAUAAAGACGAGGAAGAGGAAGAAGAUGGAGAUGAUGAAGAAGAGGAAGACGAUGAUGAUGAAGACGAAGAGGAGGAAGAGGAGGACGAGGAGGAAGAGGAAGACGAUGAGGAGCCGCUGUUGAAAUCAACGAGGCUAACCCAGCACCUCGGCGCAGUCUAUCGCAAUGGAGAUGCGACCAGCGCCUGUCUCGUCGCGGGCGACAAGAUGAUUGUCGGUACGCAUAAUGGCAAUAUCGUAAGUAACUCCUCCAAGACCAACUCACAGCUUCACGUUAUCCAAUUGCCUGGAUUCAACACUCUACGCGUAUAUCAUGCGCACUCAGCCUCCGUCACUGCCAUAUCGAUAUCACCAUUUCCUCCCCCCCUUCCAGACGAAAAAGCCGAGAUGAUUCAGCAAAUUGUGCCGCCAGCAAGACCAUCUGAAACGUCUCCCUCAGCAGCAUCGAAAAGGAUGAGAGAGAUCCCACAAGUGCCCAGAAUACCGUCGAAUGAAAUCUAUAUCGCUACAUCGUCAAUGGAUGGCAAUGUCUGUGUGCAGUCUUUGGUCGACCUGAAGGAUGUUCAACUUCGAAACUUCGCCAGACCGGUUCAAGCAGUCGCCUUGUCACCGGACUACAAGUCAGAUCGAACAUAUUUAUCUGGUGGGCGGGCAGGGCAGCUCAUUCUCACUGUAGGCGGUGGCCCGGGUCGGAGUACCUCCACUACAGUCGGUACUGCGGCCGCCGUGGCAUCUGACUGGCUUUCUACCAUAGGCGUCAAGAACAGCGGGGGCAAAGACACGGUGCUUCACUCUGGUGAAGGUACGAUCAAUACCAUCAAAUGGUCUCUCUCUGGAAAAUACGUGGCAUGGCUCAACGAGCACGGUACCAAGAUCAUGAGAUCUAAGCUUCAUCUCGAUAACACAGAGAUCGAAGAUGCUUGGAAAAGGAUUGGUCAUGUUGACAGGCCACACACCAGCGAAUGGGAAACGAUGGCUGGUGUUUGGAAAGGUCGCGCCGAGUGGAUUGAUGAGAAGGCGGUCGAAAGUGACGAGUCAGAGAGCUCUCACGAUCCUGCUGCUUCUUCAUCUAGCGUGUCAAGCACGAAAACUUUUGAAAGGCUUCUUGUCGGCUGGGGAGGAACGAUGUGGAUUAUCCAUGUCCACCCAGGAGGCAUCGGACAUGGUAGACAGGCUGGCGAAAAGACCAUUGCGCGCGCUGAAAUAGCCAAGAUUCUUCAUAUAGAUUGCAUUAUUUCUGGAAUAUCUCUGUAUGCCCAGAAUCAAUUGCUAGUGUUAGCGUUCAACUCUCCAGAAGAUGAAGGCGAUAUCGCAGCAGACGAUAGGUCCGGUCCAUCACAUACACGGGACGCAUCUAGCAAGCAUAAAUCGAAGCAUUCGACAUCAUCUGCGGACAUUGAACAACAGCAUAGUCAACGACAGCGUUCAAACGCUCUGCCUCCCGAGCUGAGGUUAAUUGACCUCAAGUCUCAGGCUGAGGUAGAUCGGCACAGCCUCACCAUUAAUCGUGUCGAUAGGCUAUCUGCUGCUGACUAUCAUAUGUGUCUCCUACCCGCACGGAACGCUGCCUCUGUAGUAGCCUCAACGAGGAGCGCUUUGGAGGCGCUUGCCGGUAUUGGGUCGGAAAUGUGGAAUGUUGCGGUCAAUCCAAGAUCCCUGUUCAGCUCUGGCGCCAGUAUCAUCAGCGGAGGCAGUGGCGAUGAUGGCGCUUCUGUUUCUAAAGCUGGAAGCAUUGCAGGCACCAUACGAUCCAGCCCUAUCAGAGCCAGAAUUCCCACUGUACACCCGACACUGUCCAAACCAGGGGUCAAAAUAUUCCUUCAUAGUCCCUACGACUGCGUCUUGGCCACCAAGCGAGAUCUUUCUGAUCAUCUCACAUGGCUGUUGGAGCGUGAGCAGUACCGACAGGCAUGGGAACUUCUUGACGAAAACCCUGAAAUCUUGGCCGAGUCAUUCGAUGGCGUCACUGAUCCGGCGAUGCCUCCUACGCCGUCCAAACACCCGGCCGGGGCCGAUGAUUUCUUCGAUGACGAAUCUGUGGCAGAUACCACUCAAAGAAAUAUGUACUCGGCUGUAGAGAAGGAAAAGAGACGGGUUGGUGAGUUGUGGAUACGGGAAGUGAUUGAUGACGGUGACUGGGAAAUGGCUGGUCAAGUCUGUGGCAAGGUUCUUACAACUCCCGAUCGCUGGGAAAAAUGGGUUUGGACCUUUGCAGGUGCCAACAAGUUUGACGAAAUCACCAAACACAUGCCAACAAAGCCUAUGAAGCCGCCAUUGCCAACGACCAUAUACGAGGUGCUUUUGGGACAUUAUAUACAGAACAACAAGCCUCGUUUCAGAGAAUUAUUAGACAUAUGGCCAACCGACCUCUUCGAUAUCCCUGCCAUCACGACGACACUUGAGAAUCAGCUCAAGUAUCGCGAUGUGCGUGAGAAUAGCGUCGAAGAUGGCGAAAGAGGUCGGGAUUGGAAAAUCGUUGUGGAAAGCUUGGCCAAGCUGUACGAAGCUGGUGGUCGACAUCGCGAUGCGCUCAGGUGCUAUAUCAGACUCCAAGAUGCAGACUCGGCAUUCCGAUUGAUUGGUGAUUACCAUCUUGCGGACGCCGUAGCAGACGACAUUCCUGCGUUCAUUGGACUACGAGUGUCUCCAGAACGACUCAAGUAUAUGGACGAGCAAGAGCUGGUUGCGGCAACCACCGAAGCAAUUACUCUGCUGGUUGAUGAGGCUCAACACGGCCUUGUACGGCCUGAAGUUGUCGUAGAGCAGCUACAAGCAAGAAAUCUGCAGUUGUACCUGUUUUUCUACUUACGUGGAUUAUGGAAGGGUCAAGGAAUCGCAGAGCACAUUGGAGAGAAUCUUGAACGGUUGAUUUUGGACAGUCAAUCUUUAGUGGAUAACUUUGCGGACCUGGCCGUUCGCUUAUUUGCCACAUAUGAUAGACCGCUCCUCAUGGAAUUUUUGAAGACGUCGACUUCUUAUGGAUUUGAAAAGGCCGUCCAAGAGUGUGAGCAGCAUUCAUACUAUGACGAGUUGGUAUAUCUAUAUUCCAAGACUGGUCAAAUGAAGCGUGCACUGUACCUCAUCAUAGACCGGUUAAAUGAUGUCAAUAAGGCAAUCGAUUUCGCGAAGGAGCAAGACGAUCCUGAUUUGUGGGAGGACUUGCUGAACUAUAGCAUGGACAAGCCAAGUUUCAUCCGGGCGCUCCUUGAGCAAGUCGGCACGACCAUAAAUCCAAUCACUUUGGUUCGUCGAAUACCGGAGGGUCUCGAAAUUCAAGGUCUACGAGAAGGCCUUAUUCAUAUGAUGAAGGAGCAUGAGCUUCAGCACAGCAUCAGCUGGGGUGUAGCAACAGUUUUGCGAAGUGAAGUUGCGACAGCUCAGAGUGAGCUUCGAACGGGGCAACGCAAGGGUAUCAAAUUCGAAGUCUCUUCUGCUGACGAGUUGGAAACCGCUGAGGACGAGAAAUCUGAAGGCGUGCCGAAGCCUGGGCAAUGCGCCAAGUGUCUCGAGACAUUCACAGAGUACGAGAUGGAAGCAUUGAUGGGAUUCGUGUGUGGGCAUGCGUUCCACGUGAGCCAUUUGCUUGAAAUGCUGCAUAAAGGCAAACAAGUCGAUGUUGAUCUUGGAAAUGGGCCAGAGGAGGGAGGGCGCUAUUCAGUUGGUAUGAAGGUCAUGAAGGCGAGGCUGUUGAGGGACAAGGUGAGAGGAGGCUGCCCAAUCUGUCACCCAACCGAG